UUAUCAUUUCAAAUUCAAAAAUUUCUCGAAUUUGAAAUUGAAAAGCUCGUUUGUCGAAAUUUCUUAUUAAAUUGCUGUCCAGUUAAGUGAAAACUUGUCCUGUAAUCGUUCCAAAUGCAAAAUACUUCGACUGAUUCACGCGGAAAAUAAUUUACCAAAAUGAUCAUCCUACGAAGUGAACGAGGCGAAAUAUACAAUUUAUCCACAAAACCGAAGCACGUAGUCGGUCGAAAUGCCAGUUUAGAGUUAGAAGGUGAUAAAUCAGUCAGUCGUCAGCAUGCUGUUAUUCACGUUUCUGUCAAAAAUAAGAAGAUUCAAAUAAAGUUAGAAGACCUGGAUUCGAAAUAUGGCACCUACGUCAACGAUAUGAAUCGCGAAAUCCCCAAGAAUACCAUGACAGCUUUGAAGAUCGGCGAUAAAAUCAAGUUCGGUCAGCAGUGGAAUACUUGGACAAUAAUGCAAUCAGAAAUGGUAGUUUGUGUAUCGAUGUUGAAUCCCGAUCAGAAGCAACUUCUUGCCAGGCUACUUAAACCCAUGAAAGCCAGCUUGGUUUCAGAAUGGAGUGAUGAAUGUAGUCAUCUUACCAUGAUAGAAUUUUUAUGUACUAUGAAAGUUAUUCAAGCUCUCGGACGAGUAAAACCCGUCGUUUCGUUAGAAUACUGGAGUAAAUUAGCCGAAGUGUUGAAUUCAACUAAUGAAAAGCCUUUACCAGACUGUGAUGAUUUUGUACCACCCAUUGCUGAACCUGCAUUACAGAAUGCUUCGAUGAAUUUAAAAAUGCAGAAUAGUCGUCGUAAAUUAUUCAAUAACAUGCAAUUCGUCGUUUGUUCGGCAGCUCAAUAUGAUAAAAUUUCAUCGAUGGUUUCGCAUUCCGGUGGAACGGUAGUCGAUGGAUCCAAAACGGUUUUCAAGGAAGAACAAUUGAAAAGUGGCAAGAUUGUCGUUUUGGAAAGUGAUACGAACAAUGUGAGAAGUCGAAACUUGGCUCAGUUGAUGAAAAUUCUACAAGCUCUGAAACAUAGACGAAUAACAGAAGCAGAAAUCGGUUUAAGCAUGAUGACUAUCUCGACGGAAGUGCAUUGUAAUCCAACGCGGAGAUCUGCCGAUAUUUCUGGUCAAUCUGAAUCUCAACUUGUGAUAAAAGAAGAAGAAGCUUCGAUAUAUGAUGUGGAAGAAACUCAAGAACUAGAUGAACAAAACAGUACACAAUUUUUCGAUUCAGACACCAGUAAAUUCUCAUUGAACGUGAACGAUCAACGAAUACCCAGCGAUGACGAUGACGAUAUACAAGUAGUUCACGAUACUCCCGAAGACAACGAACCUGUAGUCCAAGCACCGCCAGCUAAACGAAAACGUAACGAUUCCAGCGACCAAUCGAAUUCGAAAAGUCUCAAAAUGACCGAUUGGGUUAUUCGGAAACCUUCGACGAAACCGAACUUACCACCACGUGAAAAACCAACUCCGAUCGAACUCGUCCCAAAGCCAGUCAAAAAUAAUAUAUUUGCGUUCAACCGUGACAAGAAACCUGCCCAGAGCACCUCUGAUUCUUUAUUCAAGGUUCCUACUCCUUCGACGAGUUCUAUAGAUAGAGUAGAUUCAGUCGAGAAACGUAAAAGAGGCUCUGUGGAGUUAUUUUCGUCGGAUAGUCCACCUGCGGCUAAAAAACCGAAUAUCGAUAGGAAGGAUUUAUUCCAGUUGCCUUCGACGAGUAAAACUACCAGAAGUGGAUCUCUUAUUUUAUUCGAGUCAGAUUCGACUGAUUCUGCUUCGCAGAAACCGACCAAAUUGAAGGAUGUCACCCUGAAAACAGUCGACCACACUUCGAAUAAAGAAAACACUCCAGGUCCGUCAAAGAAACCUACCUCGUCAUCAUUUUUCGAUCUGUCGAAGAAGAAGUGCAAAGAAGAAGCUAGAGAAGAAGAAUCUGAAGAUAUGUGCUUUGAUACGAAAGAUGGAUUUAAUCAGAGUGUAAUUCUUACGGUGCCUUUAGUCAUAAAACCACAAACCCAAGAACGCCAAUCUCCCAAUACCACGAAUGGAUCCGCUGUUAAUUUUAAGAAAUUUAGAAAGAACAACGGAAUCAAUCGUGCUCGAGUGAUAUCGGCCAAUGAACUGGUUGUGUAUACGAAUAAUAUGAGUUUGAAUGGCGACGCUCAACUUACUGAUUAUUCCGAUUCUGAUUAAUUUAUAUAUCUCAAGAUUCCUUUUUUUUAUUUUUAUGUUAUACUUCGUUCCUUUUUGUGAAUUGAUUACGUUUAUGAAUUUAUUCUAAUAAAAUGCGUUAUAUUUUUUUAAA